AUGAAUAUGAACGAAGAUAAAGAUCCAUAUUCAAUUUUAAAAGUUGAAAAAAACUGUGAUGUAGAAACUUUAAAAAAACAAUUUAAAAAGUUAGCCAUAUUAUAUCAUCCUGAUAAAUCAAAUUAUCAUUUAUUUAAAGAAAAUAAUGAAAAAAAGGAAAAAGAUAUAGAUUUUGUAACAUUAGUAUGGGCUUAUGAAAAAAUUUUAAAAGAAAUUGAAUGCAACAACAAAUCUGAGAAAUAUGAAAAUGCUUUGAAUAUCAAUAAGAAUGAUUUAAAAUAUAUUAAAGAAGAGGAAACUUAUAUUUAUUUCUGUCGAUGUGGUGAUUUUUUUCUUUUUAAUGAAAAUUUGUAUUACGAAUAUUAUGUUAUUCAAGUAUGUCAGAGUUGUUCGUCAUCUGUCUAUAUAAUACCAUAA